ACUGUGCGGAUGCGCAGGCUGGUCUGGAUCCAUGCUGGUCGCAAAGCCACUAUAAUGGUUUUCUCAUGGCGCGGCUCAUAUGUAAAUUCAUCAUACUAUUGUAUGUGUGAAACAAAGUAAGACAGAACGGAAAGACAAUGAAAGGCUUACUUGAACGCCUAAGAGACGGGGACUCUAUUGUUAUCGCGGAAGGAUACCUGUGGGAAAUUGAAAGACGCGGCUUUGCGCAGUUUGGUUCCCAGGUUCCCGUUGUUGUUUUAGAAAAGCCGGAUGAAGUGGAGACGCUGCAUGAAGAAUUUGCACUUGCCGGAAGUGACGUCAUUGAAGCAUUUACAUACUUUGGUCAUCGGGAGUAUAUGAAGCUUCAAGGUCGGGAAGACGAGCUGGAAAAAUUGAACAGGGAUGCUCUCAGUAUUGCACGGAAGGUGGCCGAUAAAUACGGUAAACUCAUGGCCGGCGGAUUGUCAAACACGCCCCUCUAUUCGACAACGGACAAGGAAAGUCAUCAGAAAAUAUAUGACAUGUUCAAGGAGCAAGUCAUUUGGUGUGUAGAAGGGGGAGCGGAUUACAUUAUUGGAGAGACAUUUGACGCCUUUGGUGAAGCUGAGCUCGCAUUAAGGGCAAUCAGGGACCAUGGAAAAGGUUGCCCAGCAGUGAUAACAAUGGCGGCUCACAUCCCGGAACGGACCACCGAUGAUAUCCCUAUAACAGAAGCGCUCAAACGUCUAGAAGAUCAAGGAGCAGCGGUUGUUGGUCUAAACUGCUCACGUGGCCCUGACAUUAUGAUGCCACUUUUGCGAGAAAUAAGAAACGUUUGCAAGGGAGCUAUUGCUGCCAUACCGGUGCCUUAUAGGACUACAGAAAAGGAGAGAACCUUUUAUGCAGUUAAGGAUCCAAACACAGGAAAGUACUUGUACCCGCACAACUUAGAUCAGGUUCGCAGUUCACGUGAAGAAAUCCGGAAGUUUGCAGAAGAUGCUAAGUCCUUAGGGGUUCAAUAUGUGGGCCUUUGUUGCGGAAAUUAUCCCAGUUUGAUUCGUGAGGUAUCAGAAGUGUAUGGAAAGAAACCUCCGGCAUCAAAAUACUCCAUGAAGGGUGCAUGGAUUUCUGGGGAAGCACCGAAAACUGAAACUCUGAAGACGAUAAGGAAGUUUAUGGUUGGAGAUGAAUGACAAGGAUUUUGAAUUCUUUGUGACGUUAACGAACGUGAAGAUGAAUAUCACAUAAUCCUUCUUUUGUGUAAAAGACCAGAAAUACUUGUAUGAAACAUGAAUUCUGUAAAGUGUAUUAAUAUCUUUGAAAUCCUUUCCAUAGCCGUAACGUACUAAAACGUAUUAUCCUCUGGUCGCCCUUUCACGCUUCCAUAGAAUCAACAUUUAUCACACGAAAUUCAUUUUGAAAAUAUUUCUGAAAUGCCUAGGUCUGCAGCUCUCAAAUACGAAAAUAUCUCACAUCCGAGGCAUAAACUGACAUCUUUAGACAACGUCAAAAUGGACCCUAUGAACGAUUUGACGAAGUUCAAAAAAUCUCCAUACAUUGUAUUCCCGUAAUGGACCCUAGUGGGAAUUGUGUUGUUUUUUUGUUUUUUUUUUCCGAGUGCCAAUAAAAUCUUAAUACAUUGCAAUAUAGCAACAAAUACUAAAAUUACUAAGGCUUGUAAUACCGUAACCAGUUCUCUCUUGCGACGAACCGUAUAAAGAUGAGUUUUGUGACGCAAAGAAACAAUUCAGUCAGCACCAAAUGUAUUUAAUAGGUCAUGUGUAUUAACUUUUGCAACGUCAAAUUUUAAUUUCUGACU